AUGUCUGCUUUUACAGUCGACCGUUCUCUCCUCAAUCCCAAGUUUGAAGGCUACCGCCUCCAUGCCUUGUCUCAAGACUCACACGUCCUCCGAUUCCAACUCCCUUCGGACCACAGACCGUCGCAAGCAGCCGUCUCGGGCAGGACAUUCCUGUCAUUUCAAGAAGUUCAGAGUCGGAUCGGCCACAAUCAUCUGGCCGUGAAAGAUGAUAGAGCAGUGUACGUCGACGGACAGUCGAAUGUUGUUCUGGUUGAACUAGACUCGUCCACCUUGCAAUCGACACUCCGCACCGUUUACUCCCUGCCUCAGUCUAUCCAGACGUCCUCGUCCCCGGACGAGCCCCCACGGGAGUACCCAUCCGUAGCAUUCUCGUCUACGAGUACAUGCUUUGUCUCAGACGGGCAUGGCUACCUUUACAUCUUGCAGCUCCCGGAGGAGCGAGGGACCGGACGUGUCGAGGUGCUAGGCUUCUACCAACUGGAGAUCCCUGAUAGAUUCCAGUCUUCAAUCAGAACAAGCCCGUUUAAGAUCCACAGCGCCAGCGAGGUCUCGCCAAAUAUCAUUGUAUGCAUACUGUCCUCGCGAUACCGACCUGUUUCCAUCGAGAACGGCGAAGCCGCCCCUUCUGCCUCCACCCUCUUGGAGAGACGGACGCAAGCCCAGUUUGACGUGUGGGCCGUUCGUUUCACUUUCCCUCUUGUACCCACAGAUACCGUGCAACCUCUCGACAUCAUUUGGCACCGGCGGGGAGAAGACGUUCCGAUCUUGACGUCUUACGAUCAAUCCAGACAAGCCUUCCUGCUCCUAGGGAGCUCCUCAUACCGCGACGUCCCUGAUGAGAAACCCGCAGAAACCCCUGCUGAACCUGAGGCGCAAACAGACGGAGGUGCUGCCGCCCCAGCCUCAACGGACGUCGAAAUGGCCGACGGAGAUGUGAUUGAUAAACCUAAGCCCCCACCCUACUCAUGGACUCAAACGCCUGACACCGUUUCCCUCGCCUUCCCCCUACCUACCACCACGCCCACCUCGUCUAUCAAAGUCUCCUUCUCUCCUCGCUCGCUCUCCGUCCUCGUGCUCCCGACAUCUACCUCCCCGCCGUCUAUCUCCACGAUCCCCCUCCCGCGCUACCCCGCCAAGACGCUCUGGGGUCCGAUCAAUCCGACGCAGAGCCUCUGGACGUUCGACCGCGAAGCCGACCGCACCGCGGACGGGUUCUGGGGCCUGCUCACCGUGCACCUCGACAAGAAGGACGUCGGCACGCGCUGGCCGCAGGUCUUUGAAUCGGGUGAGGACGUGCCCGAGACGAUGGACCCGAGCGAGCUUGCGGGCAUCCUCGAGUCGCUCGAGAAAUUCACGGCGGAGACGUCGAAAGACCAGGCGCAGGGGGGUCUUGGGCGCGGUGUGCCCAGCCUCGCGAAGGACGAGUAUGACGAGGAGGUGGAUGAUAGUGUUGGGCGCGAGGCGGUGCUCACCUGGGUCGAUACGCGUGGUAGUGUGCAGGGUGACGCAGAGGCGCGCUAUGGCGAACCGGAGUGGUGGGCGCGGAGGGGGAAGGACAAGGAGGAGAGGGUAAGCUUGUUGAGCACGCCGCUACCGGGAUCGAGCGGGGAACUUAGCCUCGUCGUGAAAGAGCACCUCGACGGGGCAGUCUUCGAGCUCCCUUCCUCGCCGUCCAACGACGAAUGGGCCAAGUGGAGGCAUGCCACCACGUUCCCCGCGCUGUCGUUCGUGCUCGCAUCCAAGCGGGACACACGAUUCACAUACCACACAGGCGAGCUCGUUAUGGCAUUUGAGAGUGGCAGCCAAACGUUUGGCGGGAACGUCUACCUGUACAGGGCGCCUCCAAAGGGUUCAAAGGAGAAAGAAGGCGUACAGAGCGUCUUGAAGGUUGGCGGCGGAGAAGCAGGCGCUGUUCUUGGUGUAGGUGUCCUGACAGUGGGGCAGCGAAUGCUUGUAUGCUGUCUGUGCGAAGGGGAGAUCAUCAUCCUCAUGAAUGUCUUCGAGUUGUAA